UAUACCGCGUACGGCUAUACGCGCAACGACGUGACACACAUGUGAGCAGUCGAUCAUGGCGGCAAACGGUGACAAAAUCCCAGUCCCCUUACGGACUUACGGCAAAAAACCGGAUGUUUUCCAGUUCGAAGAAGGCGGAGAAAAGUACAUGAUAGGUUCGGAGGUUGGCUAUUAUUUGCGUAUGUUCCGGGGUUCACUUUACAAAAAGUACCCCUCGCUGUGGAGACGACUAGCCACCGUUGAAGAACGCAAGAAGAUUGUGCACAUUGGAGACCGUUUCGGUCAGCACGGCCUGGCCACCAAUGUCACCCUCCUGAAGGCCCCCGAGGUAGAAGAGAUUCUGGAGGGCAACGAUGCCAAGUACAAGGCCGUAGCCAUCAGCACAGACUCCAAUGCCCUCAGGGAAUCCAAGCCCAAGCGAAGUAGGGACUGGGUGCCUGCCCUGCCCAACAGCUCACACCAUCUGGACGCCGUGCCUUGCUCCACCAGUAUCGCCCGCAACCGGGUGGGCCCCAAGAGACAACGAACCUUCCCCAUGUGCUACGACGAUCACGACCCAGCUAUCAUCCAUGAAAACUCGGACAUGCCCGAGAUGCUGGUCCCCAUCAGGCUGGACAUGGAGAUUGAGGGACAGAAACUUCGGGAUACUUUCACAUGGAAUAAGAAUGAAACCCUCAUCACCCCGGAGAUGUUUGCUGAGAUCCUGUGUGAGGACCUAGACUUGCCACCGGUCAACUUUGUGCAGUCCAUCUCUCAGGCCAUCCGUACCCAGAUCGAAGCUUUCCCUGCCGACACCAGUAUUCUCGAGGACCAAUCUGAUCAGCGAGUCAUUCUGAAGCUCAACAUUCACGUGGGCAACAUCUCCUUGGUGGAUCAGUUCGAGUGGGACAUGGCUUGCAAAGACAACAGUCCUGAGGAGUAUGCCCUCAAGCUGUGUGCCGACUUGGGCCUAGGAGGGGAGUUUGUGACGGCGAUAGCCUACAGCAUCAGAGGACAGCUCAGCUGGCACCAGCGUACAUAUGCUUUCAGUGAAUCACCGUUACCCACCGUGGAGAUUGCGGUGCGUAACCAAGGCGAAGCGGACCAGUGGUGUCCUUUCCUCGAGACGCUGACUGACGCCGAGAUGGAGAAGAAGAUCCGAGAUCAAGACCGAAACACCAGGAGAAUGCGUCGUUUAGCCAACACAGCGCCCACGUGGUGAAGACCAGAUAGACAGGGUACCAUUACACGGCCAAUCUUGUCCUCUGCAAAUUGAUAUUCUUAAUCUGGAAUUGAAAAAAAAAAAAUAAUGUUGCAAUUUCUGUACAGAAUUCGUUAAAAAAAGUGGGUACUUCUACAUUGUAGAGGGAGUUUGUACUAGCUUUCUACUCUUCAGGAUGACCGAUAGGAUUGUAAAUAGAACAGCGGUGUUUUGGCAAGUUUUUAUUGCCCCAGAUUUGACCUGAACCCCCCCCCACAUUUUUGCUUUUCAGUGUUGUGAGAAUUUGUGAGAGAUUUGCAAGAAAUGCCGACAUGCUGUCGGGCAUAACUCAUUUUUCUAUCUAUAUGGAUUAAAUCUAAAAGCCCAGGGGUGAGAUUUGUCCGGAGUUUUCCCGAUAACAGGAUUUUUUUCCGCCGUUAUUUUCCCGAUUUCAGGAUUUCUGAAUCUGUUUCAAAACAUAGAAAAUCCUGAGUUUACCUUGAAUUUUUACUCAUAAUAGUUGAAAUGGAUCGCAGGAAGAUGGUACUUUAUGGAAUGCCUUUAUUAUCAAACGUAGACCCCACGCUGCUGUGGGGCCAUGAUCAAACCUACUGGUAGUUAUUUUGUGGAUAUUUUUCUCCUUCCUCCAAUCUGACCCCCUGCAAAGCAUUUUCCUGCACCUGAGGUGAAGGCCAUAGCGGCAAAUAGUUCUCAGAAAAACAGAAGAGGGAACAAAGAGUGGACUCUGCAGCUUGUGUGCAAACAUUAUUUUCCCAGCUGUUCCAAAAAGUAAACUCCUAGGGCCAAAGAGUGCAGCUGAAGGCUCUUUGUCUAGCAUUUUGUCACGUUGAGGAUUCAUUUUGAAUAUUAUUUGCCAACUGGAGGUUGUCAGAAGUUUUGUCGUUCUUUUGAAGUAAUUUCUAAACACUACUUCAUGACCAUGUUUAUCUAAAGGAUAGCUUCCUGAAACACCAUCACAGAGUCAGAAUUUAACUGAGUUCACCUGUUGGUCUGUUCCAUUUAAAGCCUGGUGUGUUAUGAAAGCCACCGAUCUACCCAGUUUUUCACUGUUCCGUCAAACAGCAGGGGUGUUGAAUUAAGACUUGCGUCGUUUAACUAGGACAUCCUUAUGCUUUUCUAGAAAACUCUGAACUCUUGGCGAGUUCAACCUUCCUCAGUCUCCCCUCACCUUUCUUGGAGAAGACAUAAGAAGCCACAUGUCACACCAUCAGGAAAACUUGUUGAAAAGUCUUGUGCAAUUAAUCAGAAAAAGGCCUGCAGUUCUUGAGUUGCGUGCCUGAAGAAGUCAUUCCGUACAGUCAAAGCACUUCAAAAAUUGUUGGAUGUCCGCUUCGUGUGUUUGACACUGUAAUGUGUAUCUGUUCCCCUUCGUAGAAUUAAAAGAGCAACUCUUCUCGACCGGAGUAACUUAUGCCAUUAGAGAAGUGCAACUUCCCCCCCCCCCCGAUGGGUUUGUUUGUUUUUUACAAAGAAUACUUCAUAGGUUAGAAAGUAAUCGGUAUAUUUAUUUAUCAAAUAUUAGCACCAACAUCCUAAGAAAGCAACGCCGUGAAAUAAAAGCAAGGAUGUUGGGACUGCGAUUAAGGCUUUUGAAAUUGCUUUCCUCCUUCAACAUCAUAUUUAAUGAGCCAAAAGCCGCAUUCGCUUUUGAAUUGCUCCCUUUCCCCCGCGACGCCGAAAGCUGGAUGCACCACUGACAGUUUUUUUUUUUCAGUACUCAGUGGAGUAACUGGGAUGAACCCCCUUUGGGGCAACUGGGGAUGGACAGAUUUUUGCAGGGGGUUGUCAAACUGUAUUACUUGCACACUGUACACCGGUUGUGUGUAUUUCAAGGGGAGGGGGAGCGACCUCUGCUGGGGGCAUGUCCCCCUCCCCAAAGUUACACCACUGAUUCAAAGUUAACAGUUCCACCUGUUCUCUAGAUUCAAGUGUUAUCUUUUGUGAAGUUAAUCAUGUGACUUGUAGCUAAUCAGGUGACAGUGUUUAUCAUGUGACUUGUAGAUUUGUUUUUUAUAAUGUGAUAGGCCUGUACAGUGUAUACACUAAAACUCACUUUUUUUUGAGAAUUUUGUUCUUACACCGUUUUGGAGAUUCACGCAACAAUUAGACUCAAAUUGACAUUUGAUCAAAGUCAUGUUUGAUGAUGUAUUAUUCAUUGCUCUAUGUUUAUGUACUCAUAAAUUCUACACACGCCCUCACUGGCCGAUCCUGUGAUCAGAUGGGGAGUCCAUGAUGGGUCAGGUCCAGCCCCACUAGUGUGGCACGGAUCACUCCCGAUCUAUCCUUAAGGAUGGAUCGGGAGUGAGAGUCCGUGCCAUACAGGUGGGGCUAGGUCAGGUCGAGCAGUUUGACUCGAGCAGAGUAUUACUGUGCACUUUUGUUGGCACCACAUAAAUACCGUAAUCAGUGCCACGUUAUUUAAUGCGGGCUGGAAUGUAAGUCUGAG